GGUUGAGAUCACGAUCCCUGAGCCGGAGGGCCUUCCCCGUCUUUGCGACGCGACUACGACGCGCGUGUGGUGAUUUUUUUGCUUUUUCGAACGAUGUGUUCUGUUGUUGUAUGAACUGGGAAAGUUGGAUUUCGGAGCUAAAAUCGGCUCCGAUGUUGUCGGUUUGACUCCUAAGUUUUGCGCGUGCUUUUGAAGUUCGUCUGCUGGAGGCAUGCGGAUUGAUUCUUGUGCUUGCUUAGUGAUUGUUGUCGUGAAAUCGCGUUGAUGAUCGGGAUUCAUUUAUGCGGUCGUAGAUACGUUGACAUUGCUGGGUUUUUGCUGUUCAGAGCUAACUUCGUGCUUAGGCUUGAUGCGAGUGGACGUUUUUGAGUUCAUUAUCUUCAGUUGGACGCAAAGUUACUUGUUUGCAUAGGCGGGAACAUCAGGAUUCAAUCGUGGGGCUAUAGCAUUAUAAUAUUGGCUGGAGAAAUUUUGUCUUAAAAGUGGCACACGGUUGCUUUCAAUUGGAGUUAAUUUAAUACUGGAUCGGAACCUGGAAGGGCCUUAGAGGGUUUCAAUUGUCAAAGGUCAAAAAAGGAUCACGAUCACAUGUUCGCUUGUUCAUAAAAGCAAACUUUCGAGCAGGUUAUGAGGAAGGAGCACAUGAUUGCUUGCUCCUUCAAUCACUCGUGCAGAUCUCUAAACAGUCAUUUUGCUUCUGGUGUGAAAUGGGAAAUCUGAAUUCUUGAGCUUUACAUUUUCCCUUUUGCAUUGUGGGGUCAAUCUUUGGCAUAAGGUGGGGUUGAAGGAUAAGAGGGAGAGGGAGACAAUUUGUUGUUUGAAUGAAGUGGGAGCACACCCUUAAAGCGCAUUGGAGAAGAGAUUUUGGUGUGAAUCGGGCGAGGGGUCUUUCGGUGACCUGUCAUCUGCUUGUAUGAAUCUUCCUUUGCUUCACUUUUGUGCAUGUUCUUAUUCUUUUGCUGAAUUUGUAUUGUAUAGCCUGAGGAGGUUUGGGUUGUAAUAGGAUCAUAUGAUGUCUCACUGCUACAAAAUCUCUGUCGCUGUGCAAAUUUUCCGUUGACAUGCCACAUGAGUGCGUGUGUUUUUUCAUGUUUCGAACCAUAAGUUCUGUUCAACUUAUAUUCUUCUGCACUUUGUUAAAGUAUGUGAACUCUUUAAUCUAACUGUCUAGUGUUAAUUAUUGUGUCAUAUCAGGUCCCCUGUACACAUUCCACAAGCAACUUUAUGUUCUAUUGGAGAUUUGAGAACUACGGAACUCCAAAUCUGCUAACAAGAGCAGAAGAGUUCUCCAAAACUCUGUAGCUUAUUUCUUGAGUACUUUCUGGGAAGAGCGCAAAUAAAAUGGGAAACUUUUCACACAGUGCAGGUGGUACAAUUUACGGUGGAACAACGAGGGGUAUAAUAACAACUUUGGUUGGAAUCUUUUUUGGUUUCUUCUUAGGACUAUCAUUUCCAAUGCUGUCAUUAACUAAGUUUAACCUUUCAUCCUGCCUUCUUCCCAUCCCUGAUCUCUCCAAAUAUGAUAACCAACAAAUGAGGCCCCUAAUUCAAAUUUCUUCCGAGAAUGGCUGCAACAGCAGCUCAACUGAAGCCCCAAAAGUGAACGAUGCUUCUAAGAUUUUGGUCCGAUCAAAUCCAAGAGGUGCAGAAAGAUUGCCACCAGGAAUACUAGCUGCUGAAUCAGAUUUUUAUUUGCGCAGAUUGUGGGGAGACCCCAAUGAGGACUUGACUUUCAAACAGAGGUAUCUGGUAACCUUCACUGUUGGUUAUGCCCACAGAAAGAAUGUUGAUACAGUAGUCAAAAAGUUUUCAGAGAACUUCACGAUUCUUCUGUUUCAUUACGAUGGGCAAACAACAGAAUGGAAUGAGUUUGAGUGGUCCAAGCGAGCCAUACAUGUCAGUGUUCCAAAGCAGACAAAAUGGUGGUAUGCCAAGAGGUUUUUACAUCCCGACAUCGUGGCUCCUUACGAGUACAUAUUUAUAUGGGACGAAGACCUAGGAGUUGAGCAUUUUGAUGCAGAGGAGUAUUUAAAAUUGGUGAGGAAGCAUGGCUUGGAGAUAUCACAGCCUGGUCUGGAACCUGACAGGAAGUUAAACUGGUUGAUGACUAAAAGAAUAAAUGGUAGUGAAGUUCACAAGGAAGUAGAAGAACAACCAGGCAGAUGUCGUGACCCACAUCUGCCCCCGUGUGCAGCGUUUGUUGAGAUCAUGGCUCCAGUUUUCUCGAGAGAGGCAUGGCGCUGCGUAUGGUAUUUGCUUCAGAAUGACUUGGUCCAUGGAUGGGGUUUUGACCUUGCCCUGAGGAAAUGUGUAGAGCCUGCCCAUGAAAAAAUAGGAGUCGUCGAUGCUCAGUGGAUCGUGCAUCAAUCAUUUCCUUCGUUGGGCAACCAGGGCGAAUCACGGAAUGGAGCGGCUCCAUGGCAAGGGGUGAGGGACAGAUGCGGGAAGGAGUGGGGGAUCUUCAACAGCCGAUUGAGAGAUGCCGAACUCGCUCAACAACGGGCAAAUGGGGGUUGAUCCUUCCAAAGUAAAGCCAUAGCAGCACAGAUGCAGCAACAGAUUGUUCUUCAGAUAUCAAAGUUACACUCCCCAGAAACUCAGAAUUUUCUUAGGAUACUUGGUAAAUUAUAUAUUGCACUUGUACCAUAGCGUUACGAGCAUACACACAUACUCACAUUGUUAAAGUUACAAAUUCAUUUCCCCAUUUUAUAGAGAGAGCUCUUAAAUCAAGGCUAUUCAGCAUGUCAAUUUUUCUUUGGAGCUGUAAUAAAGAUGUUGUAAUCAGAGGUUUCAAAGACCACUCAUCGACUCCUGUUCCAUUGCAAAGGUGAUAUACAUUCACUUAAUAACCA